AGGAACAUUAUCAGUAACGCUCUGGGCGUUCCGCAAGACGAUUGUGACGCGCACGAACAACACCGGUCAGCAGCCACUCGCUUCGAGUAGUACUAUACUAGACAUAUUCAGAAGCGACAGAAAGAAAAGAAACCAGCGGAGGUGAUAUCAAUUCCGCCAUGAGCAUUUCCACUUGCGGUUCGUCAAACGCGGUUCUGCGCUAUCUGGCGUUCGUCCUGGUAGUGGUACUACGUCAUACCCAGACGGAGGGUAUGGAUGCGACUAACGUUUUCUGCCCCGAUGCGAAGGACUGCGCUUUGCAGCUGAGACUUCAGAAGCUGGAGGAAUUUUUCAAAGGAUCGUUACCCGAAAAUCCCAACGCAACAUCGUACAUAGGUCUAGGAGACGUCGGUCGGUUUUUCGCGCGAAAAAUCGACCGUUUCUACGAUCACAGAAAUGCACACGAGCUGACGAAGCAACUAGUACUACAGCCCUCGAGGGAAGGUAGACAGUAUUAUGCCGCUGGGACGGAUUAUGGUACUACCAGUUAUGGCAUUUCGUACCCUGGAUACAAUUACGGUACCGCAGCUGACAGCAGCACGACUUUCAACGGCCUGGACGCGGCACUCUCCGCCCUCGCCUUCCUGGCCUUCGGCGUGUGGCUCUUCAACUUGGUUCUCCCGCAGCUGCAGGUAGCUGGCUUAGGUGGGGUGCCCGGACUGGGAAGGAGAACGGGGCAGGCGGAUACCCUCGUCAGAGAGGGCAAGGGAGGAUCCACUGACCCUUCAGUGAUGUCGAAGUUAUUCACCUCGAAUCAAGAACUGAUCAAUCGUAUCUCCCUUGAAGCCAAUCAGUCAUCGAGCGGAAGUUUUGUACGAAUGAAGGAGAACGUUUUCUCUUCUGCCUUCACGAAAACGUUCGGAAAUCUCGCGACGAAGUAUGGAGAGGCACUAUGGCGAGCAUUCCAGGAUAUAUGGAAGCCAGGGGAGCAGCAGAUCCCACGGGAGGAGGAAGACAAAACCCCGAGGAAAAGAUCACUGUCGCCGAAGAGCAAGAAACCCCUGUGGGCGUCACACCGACGAUGGAAGCCGAAGACCGAGCUGAAAGGAAGAGGCCUGCUGGAAGAUCUGCUGGGCCAGGUCUGGAAGCCCUUCAGUUUCAUUGCGAAACUCAUCUCUCGGCACCACACCGAUCACCAGUUUCCAAACUCCCGCACCGAGACUGUGAACGGGAAUGUCGAUAGACUGGACGGAGAUCUUCACAACCUAGUCGACAAUUCCUUAAGCGACCUCUGGAACGGUAAAAUGAACAGUCUUGAUGCAGAAGAUCCUCUUGUUAGAAAUUCCCUGGAACACAAAAAGCGCCACCGCCACGGGACCGAUCUCGUGUGACGUCAUAAGAGCAAGUUGGGCCUAGUCCUUAGACUCUGUGGAGUUCCCGAUACCUCCAUAACCAGUUUCCUUUUGUCCUGGUAACAGUGGAAUUCAAUCUGAAUAAUAAUCAAAGUGGGUAGCUGCAUUAUUAUUAUUAUUAUAUUGUAGACUGAGCUUUCAUAUCUAUUUUAAAGUGUAUUGUAGAGGUUGUUACGUUUGUGCCAUAAAUGUUUUUUUUUUUUCUGUUUUGACGCAUCCAAUAAAUUCUUGAAGUAAAAAAUAAUACGUCCUUUCCUUAUUUCCAUUCGAAUAUAUUCUUUUCUUUAUAGUCUCAUACUAUAAAGACUAUACCGGAGUUUUGAAAGAAACAUAUAUUGCGUUUGUUGUUCAGUCAUUUGUUUUUGUGUACUCUUCUUUUCGUUAAAAGAAAAAGGCAGAUAAUGAAGAUAUGUGCUUUCAUUUUACU